ACCUGCCUCACCCGUCCCCUCUAUCCGUUGUGUUCCCCACUGCAUUCACCAACACAACCAAAUUAUCCAAACUUGAGUAUGGUGGGUGGCCAGUUCUAAUCCUCCGUUAAUGUCUCCAUUAUUUCCUUCGUCAUCAUUCUCUUACCAUCGCUCUCUUCAUAAACUUCACACACUCACAUUGUAUAUCGAGUAAUCACAUCUGGUACAGCAUUUGGACUCCACACCAAUCACCAUGCCGGGCUUGGUUUCAGUAAAAACACCACCGGAAGCUCCGCCGCUCCGAAUCACAUUUCCCGACGAAAAUCACAACCAGAUGCGACCCAAUACCGAACGAUCCGAACCCGUAAACCCCAAAACGCCGUCGCCAGCUCCUCGACGACCUCCCUCACCAUCUCCAUCCGCCUCACGGGCGAAACCGUCACCAGAUCGGAGCUCCGGGAAGAAGAAAUCUCCGGAAAUACCGGUAGUUGCAGACGAAUCGUCGCUGGACAACCCCGAUCUCGGCCCAUUCCUUCUCAAACUCGCGCGUGACACAAUUGCCUCCGGCGAUGGACCUGCCAAGGCAUUGGACUACGCGCUUCGAGCCUCGAAAUCGUUUGAGCGAUGUGCUGUGGCUAAUGAACCGAGCUUGGACUUAGCGAUGAGUUUGCACGUUGUGGCAGCGAUUUAUUGCAGUUUGGGGAGGUUGGAGGAGGCGAUUCCGGUGCUCGAGAGGGCAAUCAGAGUUCCGGAUGUGUCGAGUGGUGCGGAUCACGCUCUCGCCGCGUUUUCGGGAUAUAUGCAGCUCGGUGAUGCGCAUUCUAUGCUUGGACAGUUGGAUCGAUCGAUUGAGUGUUAUAAAGAGGGGCUGAAGAUACAAAUUGAGGCUUUGGGCGAUACAGAUCCGAGAGUUGCAGAGACUUGCAGAUACUUGGCUGAGGCCUAUGUUCAAUCAAUGCAAUUUGAUGAAGCUGAAAACUUGUGCAAGAGAACCCUUGAAAUCCACCGGGUGCACAGUCUGCCGGCAUCUCUGGAAGAAGCAGCUGACCGCCGGUUGAUGGCCCUCAUAUGUGACGCUAAAGGAGAUUAUGAAUCAGCUCUCGAACACCUUGUACUUUCCAGCAUGUCAAUGAUUGCCAAUGGACAAGAUGCUGAGGUUGCUGCUAUUGAUGUUAGCAUCGGCAAUAUCUACUUGUCCCUCUCUCGCUUCGACGAGGCUGUGUUUUCCUACCAGAAAGCACUCACUGUCUUCAAAUCAUCAAAAGGCGACAACCACUCUUUAGUUGCCUCUGUUUUUGUACGGCUUGCUGACUUAUACUACAAGACAGGAAAGCUUCGAGAGUCCAGAUCUUAUUGUGAAAAUGCGUUGAGAAUAUAUGCAAAACCUGUGCCUGGAACCACUGUAGAAGAGAUUGCUAGUGGAAUGACUGAAAUCUCGGCUAUUUAUGAAUCUUUCAAUGAACCUGAUGAGGCUUUGAAACUCUUGCAAAAGGCAAUGAAACUGUUGGAGGAUAAACCAGGGCAGCAAAGUAUAAUUGCAGGAAUAGAAGCACGGAUGGGAGUUAUGUUCUACAUGGUUGGGAGGUACCAGGAAGCAUGGAGUUCUUUUCAGAGUGCUGUAUCAGAACUUAGGGCCAGUGGUGAAAGGAAAUCGGCUUUCUUUGGAGUUGUGUUGAACCAGAUGGGUUUGGCUUGUGUACAGUUGUUCAAGAUUGAUGAGGCUGCUGAGUUGUUUGAAGAAGCUAGAGAAAUACUGGAACAGGAGUGUGGCCCAUGUCAUCAAGAUACCCUUGGUGCAUAUGCCAACCUUGCUGCAAUUUAUGACGCUCUGGGAAGAGUUGAAGAUGCGAUCGAGAUUUUGGAUUAUGUUCUUAAACUGAGAGAAGAGAAGCUUGGAACAUCAAAUCCCGAAUUUGAUGAAGAGAAGAAACGACUAGCUGAGCUCUUGAAAGAAGCAGGCAGGUCUCGAAACAAAAAAGCAAAAUCACUUGAAAACCUCAUUGACUCCAAUACUAAAAGGACGAGGAAAGAGGCUUUAAGGAAGUGGUCUGCAUUCGGUUUUAGAAGUUGAUGGAGGAUUUUUUUUCACCAAUUCUUUCUAAUAUCUCACAACGUGCAUAUUCUGUAAGAUAUAAGAUUGUGUAUAAGGUUCAUUUCUAAUUUGGUGAGGGUUCUUGUUUCUUGGGCUUUCAAAUCUCCUCCUGUUUGUGAGUCUGUUGAUUGUUUUAUUGGUUCUCUCUCUAUGUGAUCUUGAGGAUUUCACUUUAAAACAAAUUGGACCUUUGAUUUUUACAUGAAGCAACAAAAAAAAAAAAAAAGCACAUUGAGUGUAACUUUUUUUUGUUAACUCCGUCACAAUUACCCAUGGUAUGGAAACGAAUGUGAAUGUAUAAUAGGCAAGGUUGAUGUUAUGGGUAGAAGCUUUUAAACAGAAAACCUGAAGAUGUAGC